AUGCACUUCAACGACAUGUCGCCAUCAGUUGCGGCCCUUGCCAUGUUGUUCUCUGGCUUGUUGCCCUCGGUCCUGGCAAGCACUUGCAGCAACGCAACUCAAUCUGCGCCUCACGCCCGCACAUCCCAAGGUCUGGUCAAGGGGUACCAUGACGCAAGUUGCAACUCGGUAUUCCUAGGCAUCCCCUUUGCUGCCACAACAGCUGGCGAAAACCGAUGGAGGACGCCGCAAGAUGUGCCAAAGUCCAACACGACGGUCAUCGCAACUUCCUAUGGUCCUACUUGCCCUCAAGCGAUUUCUGGCACUCUCUACAGCCAGCAAGAUGAGAAUUGCCUGAACCUCAACAUCUGGGCACCCUCGACAGGCGAGAACUUGCCUGUGUUCGUAUACAUGUACGGAGGCGCAAUGGUCACUGGUUCCAGCAGCAAUCAUCAACUUCAAGGGUCCAACUUUGCCCGCAACGGUGUGAUAUACGUCAACUUCAAUACCCGCGAGAGUAUCUUUGCCUCGCCGCACUCGUCGGAGCUCAGCGAGACGUCUCCCGAGGAAUCACAAAACUUCAGUAUUUUGGACGUCGAAAAGGCACUUGACUGGGUCCGUGACAACAUCCAUGCGUUCGGAGGCAAUCCCGAUCACAUUGUGUUCGGCGGUCACUCGUCCGGAGCAGUUCAAGUCGAUCACUACCUCUGGAACCACCCAGAUUCGUGGCUCAAGGGAGCAGUGCAGAUGAGUGCGAAUGCCAUGUCUGGACCAGGAUACGCGCCAGUCAACCAAGGACUCGACGCCGUAGCGGCUGAGGCUGGCUGUCCGAAGGCAGGGGAUAACCAAGUCGAGUGCCUGCGCAGUGUCGACUCGUACGCUUUCCAGACAGCUGACUUCAACUCGACUUUCAACACGUGUGCCAAGCAAGACACCUGGGUCUAUAGAUUCUUCGGAGCUUACGACAACGUGGUUGGGGUUCCGGGCACGGCACCCACACACGGAACCGAGGUGCCCUUCUUCCAUGGAGGCAACGAGUGCUUCGAUUCACUUACGGGCGUAACUGAGGCCCAGCAGGCGUUGGCUGAUUCCAUCCAUGGUUGGUUCGUGGACUGGAUCAAGAACCCGGCUGCCGGGCCUGGAUGGGCCAAGGGGUCACCUCAGUCCGGGCCUUUGGUCAAGCUCGGAGUCCCUGGAGACGAGUUGUCUGCCAUUCAGGGGUUGACCGGCGAUUUCAAUGCUCGCUGCAAGUCGGUCUACGCACCUGCAUUUCCCAAGUACCCGGUCAUUCAGUCUCCUCUCUGA